AUGUCACAAACAGAUAGCACAAAAACAUCAGGAUAAAAAGUCAAAAAAGCACUCAUAAGUCCAUUAAAAGAAGCAUUUUCUUAAUUAACGAAAUCAUAUAAAUUCUUUAUCCCAAAUGAAGAAGAAGUGCUUCUCGUUCUUGUAGACCUCCCAUGUCACCUCGAGUUGCAAGAAGCUACCUCUCGAGCACUGAAACUUGUGCCAAAACAAAAUCCAGUAGAUUAGAAUCCAAAUAAUUAUGACAUUUAUGUGGCAAAGAAAAAUGGUUAACCUAAAAUGGAUUUUCCAUCUUAUCAAACGAAUCUACGACUAGAAGAAACAGGAAAUUUCGUGUUUUCCUUGGUUCAUGUAACUUAUUCAGAAAAAAAAGUAAGAAAAUCAAUCAGAAAAUCCACUUAUGAUCUAUCCCACUAUUAAAGCCCAACAAUUCCUUCAAGAUCAAAAGAAAUCAAUUAAUAUCAACCUAAACAAGAGAAAAACUGGUUACUUAGAUUUUUAGGAUGCGCUUGA